UGGCAACAUCAAAAUCUGAGAAAGAGAGUACACAACAAUUGAGAGAGGUUUCUUCUCCUCUUUCGUGAGAAUGCGAGAGGUUUUCCGCGUAAAUUGAUCGAAAAUUCGCCAUUGUUACGCAUCUUUUUCUAUCUCUACCUUCAUUACUAUACUAAUAACUCCGUAGAGUUAACAUAAAAAAGAGAGAUAAAGUAACAACCACAGGCGAAGCUUUUCGAGAGCUCGAGGAGAGAGAAAGUCGAAAUCCAUGGAGAUGUUGCUGUUGCAGAACGAUCAUCUGCAGGUUCAGCAGCAGAAUUUGCAGCCAUAUCAGCAUAAUUCGCAGCAGCAACAUCAGAAUUCGCACAAUUUGCAGAAUUUGCAGCAGUUUCAGAACCAGUUGCAGGUAUCUAGGGUUUCGUUUUCGCUUGAUCGUAGCGAUUCUUUCGUUUUUCAUUCAGAGCAUCAGCAUCAAUCACAGCAGCAGCAGUUGCAGCUGCAAUUGUCGUCGACUUCGACGGUUAAGACUUCGCAGGCUUUGGAUCCUCGACAAGUUGAUGACAAUCUGUUGCUGACUCUUGCCCACCAAAAAUACAAAUCUGGAAAUUACAAGCAAGCACUUGACCUCACCAAUAGUUUGUACGAGAGAAAUCCCCGACGUACAGAUAAUCUUUUGCUAUUGGGUGCUAUUUACUAUCAGCUGCAUGACUUCGAUACAUGCAUCUCAAAAAAUGAAGAAGCUCUUCAAAUUAAUCCUCAUUUUGCCGAGUGUUAUGGUAACAUGGCAAAUGCGUGGAAGGAGAAAGGAAAUAUUGAUCUAGCUAUCCGCUAUUAUUUGGUUGCAAUUGAGCUUCGACCCAAUUUUGCUGAUGCGUGGUCCAAUUUAGCUAAUGCUUACAUGCGGAACGGACGGGUUAAUGAGGCAGUUCAAUGCUGCAGACAGGCCCUUGAAUUGAAUCCUAAUCAGGUUGAUGCUCGUUGUACGCUGGGUAAUCUUAUGAAAGCCCAAGGCCUGGUUCAGGAGGCAUACAAUUGUUAUGUUGAGGCUCUCCGUGUCCAGCCUACUCUUCCUGUUGCUUGGUCCAAUCUUGCUGGGCUUUUUAUGGAGACGGGAGAUUACAACAAAGCUCUUCAGUGCUACAAGGAAGCUAUCAAACACAAACCUACAUGUGUAGAUGCCUAUUUAAACUUAGGAAAUGUAUACAAGACUCUGGGUAUGCCUCAAGAAGCUGUGUUAUGUUAUCAACGUUUGCUGCAGGUCCGACCAGACUAUGCUAUAGCUCAUGGUAAUCUUGCUAGUAUAUAUUAUGAGCAAGGGCAGCUGGAUAUGUCAAUUCUACACUAUGAAAGAGCCAUUGCUCGUGAUCCUGGAUUCUUGGAAGCUUACAAUAAUUUGGGUAAUGCACUGAAAGAUGCUGGCCGAGCUGAAGAGGCUGUUCAAUACUAUCGUAAAUGUCUCUCUGUCCAACCUAACCACCCGCAAGCACUGACUAAUCUUGGCAAUAUAUACAUGGAAUGGAAUAUGACUGGUACUGCUGCACAGUAUUAUAAGGCUACACUACAUGUAACCACAGGAUUAUGUGCACCAUACAAUAAUCUUGCAAUAAUUUAUAAGCAGCAGGGUAAUUAUGCGGAUGCUCUAACUUGCUACACAGAAGUUCUUCGGAUUGAUCCAUUGGCAUCUGAUGCACUUCUCAAUAGGGGAAAUACACUUAAGGAGAUUGGUAGAGUUAAUGAAGCUAUCCAGGACUAUAUAAGUGCUAUUGAUGUCCGCCCCAGUAUGGCUGAAGCUCAUGCAAAUUUGGCUUCAGCUUAUAAAGACAGUGGUCAUGUUGAAGCAGCUGUUAAAAGCUACAAGCAUGCGUUAAUCUUACGUCCUGACUUCCCAGAAGCAACAUGCAAUCUUCUUCAUACUUUACAGUGUGUAUGUGACUGGGAGGGAUUAGAAAAUAGGCUAAUUGAAGUUGAAAGCAUAUUAAGGCGGCAAAUUCAGAUGUCAGUUGUUCCAAGUGUGCAACCCUUCCAUGCCUUUGCUUACCCUCUGGAUCCAUUGCUCGCACUUGAAAUUAGUCGUAAAUAUGCGGAAAAUUGUUCUCUGGUUGCGGCUCGGUAUUCACUUCCUUCCUUCAGUUAUCCUGCUCCGUUUCCUGUAAAGACUGACAAGGGAAGCCGGCGAUUGAGGGUUGGAUAUGUUAGCAGUGAUUUUGGCAAUCAUCCCUUGUCACAUCUUAUGGGUUCAGUGUUUGGUAUGCACAACCGAGAAAAUGUUGAGGUCUUCUGUUAUGCCUUGAGUCCAAGUGAUGGUUCUGAGUGGAGGCUGCGUACGCAGUCAGAAGCUGAACACUUUGUUGAUGUCUCAUCCUUGUCAUCUGAUGCGAUAGCUAAAUUAAUUAAUGCGGACUGUAUUCAGAUCCUUGUCAACCUUAAUGGGUACACGAAGGGUGCAAGGAAUGAAAUAUUUGCUAUGCAACCUGCUCCUGUACAGGUUUCAUACAUGGGAUUCCCUGGAACCAUGGGUGCUUCCUACAUACACUAUCUGGUGACAGAUGAGUUUGUUUCUCCUAGUUAUUUGUCGCACCUUUACUCGGAGAAGCUAGUUCAUGUCCCCAACUGCUACUUUGUUAAUGAUUAUAAACAGAAAAAUCGUGAUGUAUUGGAUCCUAACACCCAACCUAAGCGGUCAGAUUAUGGGCUGCCUGGUGAUAAGUUCAUCUUUGGAUGCUUUAAUCAGCUGUACAAAAUAGAUCCUGACAUUUGUGACACUUGGUGCAAUAUUCUUAAGCGUGUUCCAAACAGUGCACUCUGGCUUCUGAGGUUUCCAGCUGCAGGCGAGACUAGGCUCCGUGCAUACGCUGCUGCAAGGGGUGUGCAGCAAGACCAAAUAAUUUUUACUGAUGUUGCAAUGAAGGGAGAACAUAUAAGACGCAGUUCUUUGGCAGAUCUCUGUCUUGACACGCCAUUAUGCAAUGGGCACACAACUGGCACAGAUGUUCUCUGGGCUGGUUUGCCAAUGCUGACACUACCUCUAGAGAAGAUGGCUAGCAGGGUUGCUGGUUCACUUUGUUUAGCGACUGGUGUUGGAGAGGAGAUGGUGGUUAACAGCCUGAGAGAAUAUGAAGAGAAGGCGGUGUUUCUGGCAUUGAAUAGACCAAAGCUUCAGGAGCUUACCAAUAGACUGAAGGCUGCCCGCUUGACUUGUCCUCUCUUUGACACUGCUCGCUGGGUGAGAAACCUUGAGCGAUCCUACUUCAAGAUGUGGAAUUUAUACUGUGCUGGCCAGCAUCCUCAACCAUUUAAAGUGACUGAAAAUGAUUUAGAAUGCCCUUUCGACAGAUAGUAUGAAACAAAAAGCAAGUUGUCAACAUUGUAGAUAACCCGAGAAAAGCAUAAUUUAAGAAUUUGAAAGGUAGAAUGACUUGUUAUGAGAUAAUAUUGUUUUAUACUUCGUAGGUAUUUAAGUGGUGGAGCUGGUCGGGUCUUGAAUCUCAGGUAAAUGUUGCUUUUUGCUUAUGUUAUGAGGGGGGAGACCUUAUCUGUUUUGUUA